AUGAGUUUUCUCCCUGGUCCUUCGCUCGGGGCGCCCGCGCCUACACCGGCCCUUCGCUUCCUCCCCUCAUCCAGCUCUCUGGAAGCUGGGGCGGCUCCCGGCCCCCUGCCGCUGCUCUUUGCCCCGGGCCAGGGCGCUCGGGCUCGCCCACGGCGGCACUGGGCAUGCUCAGAGGCAGCCGCGGGGGCAGGUUUGCUCCUCGGGCGCUCGCAUUCGGCGGCGGGCGGGCGCUCGGCUGCAGCUGGAGCUCCGGCGCCCGGAGUUAGAGUUGCCGGGAGUUUCCCCCCACCCCUCCCUCUGCGCGCGCGGCAGCAGGAGCCGGCGCGGCAGCCGCGAGCGGCGGGGAGCCAGCACCCGGGGCGGCUGAGCCUUGUUCGGAGCCCGGAGCCCGGAUCUCCGCGCGGGGCAGCCCCCGGGGAGGAGCCUCGUCGGCUGGGACGCGUGCCGCGCACUGGCACUGCCGGGACACGAGCCAGGCUGCACGAAAAUUCACUGUGUGCCCUCCUCACUUGUUCUACAAUGAGUGCCAAAUCUGCCAUCAGCAAGGAAAUUUUUGCACCUCUUGAUGAAAGAAUGCUGGGAGCUGUCCAAGUCAAGAGGAGGACAAAGAAAAAGAUUCCUUUCUUGGCAACUGGGGGUCAAGGCGAAUACUUAACUUAUAUCUGCCUGUCAGGCCUUAUUUGCACCCCUAAUGAACACACCACCCAGAGGUAUCUGUGCACAGAAGAUGUUAUGAGCCCUUCCUUAGGAAACUCUUGGAGAACAAGGGCAUAUCUGAGCAAGAGGAAAACAUGCGAUAUACAAAACAGGGAUUCAGCACAGGAGAGAGGCAGAGAGAAGUCUCAGGAUGAGCCAGGAUGCUGGCCGUGCACUGGUGUGAACAACUUGCCUGUUUGA